AUGGCACCAUAUGAAGCGCAUUAUGGUAGGCCUUGUCGUACACCACUUUUCUGGACAGAAGUGGGGGAGCGACGAGACUUAGAACCUGCAAUGGUUCAGGAGACAGUAGAGCAAGUAGAGAUACUCAAGACUCGGCUUGCGGAAGCUCGUGACCGGCAGAAAAGUUAUGUGGAUAAGUGCCGUAAGGAUUUGGAGUGUCAGGUGGGCGACCUAGUAUAUUUGAAAAUGAGGACAUUUCAGGGAGGAUCUAAGACCCGGAGGCUAAAGAAGCUUAAACCGAGAUUCAUGGGCCCGUACCCUAUUUUGGAGCGGAUAGGAGCAGUUGCUUACAGAUUGGGGCUAUCAGCAGAGUUAUCAGACUUCCAUGAUGUGUUUCAUGUGUCAGUUUUGAGGAAAAUUGUGAGAGAGCCAGAGCUCAUUUUGCAACAGCCACCAAGUGACCUUGGUAAAAAUUUGGCUACACUUUGUCAGCCAGUACAGAUUUUGGAUCGGCAAGUGAAAGAUGUUCAGGGCAUGAUGACUAGUUUGGUAAGAUUUCGUUGGGAGAGAGAUGAGAUCCAUGAGGAGACCUAG